AUGAGGUCAAAGGUUGAUCCAAUAUUGGUGAAUGAAAUUGAGUCCGAUGAUGAAUGGAUAACUGAGGUUGAAGAACCAAUUCUACCAACUGAUCUUACUUGGCUUAAUUCUCAAGAAUUAUAUGAUGUUGAUGUCAUCAGAAAUAUGUCUACUGAACAGCGAGGGAAUAUUCAUGUUAGGACUCAAGAGCCUAUUGUCCAUUCUAGAACUCAAGAUCCUAUUAUUGAUGAUGAUCUUAUUCUUGACGAUGACGUUCUUCUUUCCUCGUUAGCUUCAAAAAAAAAAGAUGGUGAAACCUCAAGUAAGAGGAAAGUCAAAAGCAAGUCCAUAAGAGCGAUGCUUAUGGAUGAAGAUGAUGAGAUAGAUAAAGAUCCUUCAACAAUAUUUGAUAGUGGGAAAUAUCAUGUUCAUAUUGAUACAGUUGAUCAAUAUGAUAGUGAUGCUAGUUUGAAUGAUAUUAGUGUUGAGGAGUGA